AUGGGUGGCAACGAGAUGGGAGUGGUGGAUAGUAGAGGAUCUGGAGAUUCCAAUCCUGAUGGAAGCGAUAGGUACUCCGUGAGAACUCGCUGCCCGAGUAGCCCGAAAAGGCUUAGAGUGCCAAGGCGAGUCAAUUGCUCAACUUCAACCUCACCAGUCCUGAAGAUAUGUCCGCUUGGGCACACAUUAUCAUAACGAUGCAACGAACACUUUGCUCGCGGCUCAUUGCUGCAGCGACUAAGCCUGCGGUGCGAUCAACCAACGCUCGCUUCUACAGCAAGCCGAACAAUCCCGAUGCGCCUGGCAAGUACAAGACGACCCAGGAGGAUGCAAUGAGCGUGGCCGGGAUCGAGAACCCCGAAAGAGCUGUCGAUCAACUUCCCACUCACCCGUUAAAUUAUGAUGUGGCUCCCGAUUAUCGUACAUCACAAUUCUCACCUCUCCCCAAACGUGUUAUGGACGGCAGCGAGCCUACAGGAAGCAUUCCAGCAGCGGUACUGUCAGGUGCACCAAUAGAUCUCCAAGCACGCACUGUGCGAAUCUACCGCCCGACUAAACCCGCAACUCAGUCUGGUGACUGGCAUAGCCAUCACUGGCUUAUGGAUUGGGAUCCGUUACCCAAAGGCCACAGAUGGGAGAACCCUUUGAUGGGCUGGCAAUCAUCAGCAGACUGCAUGCAAGGCCAUAGAAUUCAAUUCAAGUCAAAAGAGGAUGCAAUUGACUUCGCCAACAAGCAGGGUUAUGAAUACUUUGUACAGGAGCCGAAUGAGAGGAAAUUUGUACCGAAAGCAUACGCUACCCAGUUUAUCUAUAGCCCUAAGAAGCUAAAGACGGUGCGAACAAAGUAAGCCUGGCAAAAGGCUAAGGCAUGUAUAUGGGGCCGGAUUGGUUGAAUGCACCGAUUACAACUCAUUCAAAUUCUACAAUCGACCAUCCAAGUGCAUUCGUAUCCUGGUUAUAGUGCUCGACUUGGACUUGCAGGCGACAGACUACCAGCGCCGUAUUUCGGCUUAAAGUAACCGAACGAAUGAGGCCUUGAAAU